GCCUCUAUUUUCUAGAACAUGGCCACAACUUACAGGCAAUACACCUCCUCCUCCUCUGUAAAGGGGUCUUCCUUUGGUGGGGGCUCCUCUCGACUUUCUUCUGCCCACCUUGGUGGGGGAUACAGAGCUCCAAGCAUGCAUGGUGGAAUGGGGGGCAUCUCUUCUUCCCGCUAUGUCUCUGGGGUAGGCAGUGGCUUUGGUGGUGGCUAUGGAGGCAGCAGCUACAGCAGCAAUUUUGGAGGAGGCUUUGGAGGAGGUUUCAGUGCUGGCUUUGGGGGUAGCAGCUUUGUUGCUGGGGGAGAUGUCCUUCUGGCUGGGGGUGAGAAGGAAACCAUGCAGAACCUGAAUGACCGCUUGGCUAACUACUUGGACAAGGUGCGGGCCCUGGAGGAAGCCAACACUGAUCUGGAGAUUAAGAUCAAGGAGUGGUACAAGAAGCAAGGACCUGCUCCAGAUCGUGACUAUAGCCAUUACUUCAGGACCAUUGAAGAUUUGAAGGGCAAGAUAAUAGCUGCCACUAUUGACAAUGCUAGCAUUGUCCUGCAGAUUGACAAUGCGCGCCUGGCUGCUGACGACUUCAGAACCAAGUUUGAGACAGAACAAGCUAUGCGUAUGAACGUUGAAGCUGACAUCAAUGGGCUGCGCAGGGUCUUAGAUGAGCUGACCUUGGCUAGGGCAGAUCUGGAAAUGCAGAUUGAGAACCUGAAAGAGGAACUGGUUUACCUGAAGAAGAACCAUGAGGAGGAAAUGAGUAUUUUCCGAAGCCAGCUUGGUGGAGAAAUCUCUGUGGAAAUGGAUGCUGCUCCUGGGGUGGACCUGACCAAGAUCCUAUCAGAGAUGCGUGAACAGUAUGAGACCUUGGCUGAGAAGAAUCGUAAAGAUGCUGAACAGUGGUUCUUUACCAAGACAGAAGAGCUGAACCGUGAAGUUGCCACCAACACAGAACAGCUGCAGAGCAGCAAAACUGAAAUCACAGAACUGAGACGUACUGUUCAAGGCUUAGAGAUAGAGCUCCAGGCUCAACUUAGCAUGAAAGCAGCACUGGAAGGCACUUUGGCAGAGACAGAAGCUCGCUAUGGUGCUCAGCUCAGCCAGAUCCAGGCCUUGAUCACCAGCGUGGAAGAGCAACUGGCUGAGUUGAGAUGUGACAUGGAGCGCCAGAAUCACGAGUACAAGAUCCUUCUCGAUGUCAAGACCCGCCUGGAGCAGGAGAUUGCCACCUACCGCCGCCUGCUGGAGGGAGAGGAAGCCCACAUCAGUUCCCAGUACAAUGCAGCUAUAUCCGGAAGAGAUGUGUCAAAGACUUCACGCCAGGUUCGCAUGAUUGUUGAGGAGGUUGAAGAUGGGAAGGUAGUUUCUUCUCGUGAGCAGGUCAAGCAGUCCACCUACUGAAAAGGACAGACUCUCCAAAAUGUGACCCAAGAUUGAAGUAGCAUGGACACAACCAAGAGAAUUGAACACAUUAGUAUUUUCAUGCGCUCUGUAGUGUGUAUUCUAUAUGCAUGUUUUAAUUACACAUGAAACUUUUGCCAAAGCAAAACCACACAGUUAUCUAGCCUUUUCAGUUGAUACCCUAUCUGCAAGCAACUAAUAAAGUAUUCUUUCCCUGGU